AAUCCACAAAUGGUGUUCGCCCUAAAUGCCGCAGGCUGACAAUUAACAAGAGUCAAGAGGCACCCCAAGAGUCGCCAGCACUUUAUUCACUCCUUCACCACUCCUCUUCUUUCAAGCUUGUUUAGGGGUUCUGAAAUGCCAUAACAAAUCCAAACAAGUGUAUCUUUCUCUUGAAAGUGUCUUCAUCAAUGGAUCAAGAAGCCUCCAGCGUAAAUGUUAUCGAGACAUCCGAUAUCAAGGAACCAAGAACAGAAAAUGUAGUCAAGGGAUGGGAAAAUCUGAACACCGACAUCUUGAUGCGGAUACUUGAGGAACAUUUUAGCAUCAAUGAGUUGACAUCUGGAUUAGAGCUAGCUCAUGUCUGUAGAGGGUGGCGUGCGGUUUGUUGUGAUCCCCUUUUGUGGGAUACGCUCGACCUAUCGCACCUGAACUCUAUUUACAUCAAAGCCGUAAAGAGCCCAUAUUUGUAUGUGCCGCGCCGAUGUGAUGAGAAUGUGACUCGGAUCUUGAAACUCUUCAUGAGCCUUAGCAAAGGAAACACAAGGACCUUGAUUGUUAAUUACAACUUGUUUCUCACUUGUGAUAUGCUUACUUACACCGCAGAAAGGUGUCCAAACUUGAGACGCUUAGUGCUACCAGCUAUGACUAGAAUAUCGAAAACGGGUAUGCAAAAUGCCUUGGGCUUCUGUGAAAAUCUAGAAUCACUAACAAUACCAAGCCUCCAUGACUCGCAAUUUCUCUUUUCAUCGAUUGUCAAGAAACUGACAUUCAGAGAGCUCAAGGUAAUGGGUCACAUCCAUGCUGCAUUCGCCGAGAAACUCGUUGAGCAUCUCCCAAAUCUCAAAGUCCUCAGCCUCAGAUGCAAUGCCAUAUACCGAGACGCCCUUUUGAUAAUCUUGGAUGGACUAGAGAGCCUUGAGGUUCUCAACAUCUCUCAUUCUUACCUAGUGGUGAAGCAGGAGCAUCCUGAGAAGAAGAAGCUCAUCGUGAGGGAGCUUGACCAGACGAUAAUGGAGAAGGCCUCGAAGCUGAAGAGGUUUGUGACUUGUAUGGAGUACAUGACGUGUGUGAUGUGCAAGAGGACGGAGAAAGAUGGAGGACGCGUGAGGUGGAAUAGGUACGAGGAAGGGCUAUGGAAAACUGACGAAGUAAGCUCUCUUCAUCUUUGAAGUGUACUCUAUAAAAAAAAUUUAGUGUAUGUGUUUUUGGUUGACAAACCUGAUGAAUUACAGUUAUUGUGUGUGUGUGUGUAUGUGUGUGUGUGUAUAGAAUUAAGAUGGGUAUCUAGAAUAUAUAUGUUUGGUGAUGAUGCCAACAAAAAAAAAAUGAUAAUUCAAGGAAAAUACUUUUAAGUUAAAA